AUGCCACAUUCUCACGCAGCAGAAGAGCUUCUGGAAAUGAUUGGUAGUGGGAAGAGCCAUGUGGCUCAUGCGCAAAGUUUGGCAGUUGCAAUGGUUCGUGAUGGAAUACCCCAAGAAGCCGUGACUGCUUUUGCAAGUUUGGGCUCCUUCGGUGCCCAUGAGUCGAAUGCUGAGCGAGACCUACAUAGGUGGCUUCGAGGCUUGUACGGGGUGACUUUGGAACCAUACUUCAUAGAUGUCAUGCUUGAAAAAGACGAUGCCGAUAUUGAUGACAUUGGUGAACAGGAAGAUAACCCUUUGAAGGGGACGGCAUCCACGCGGAUACCUGUGCUCCUACCACACGAGGUCUUCUCUGCGAUUCACUCUUCAAGCGACCAUCAGGUUUCAUUUGGUUUGAGUAUGCUGGGGCGACACUCGCCGGCUGCGAUCAAGCAAUUUUGGCGGCAUUUGCAACGAUAUGUGCCGGAAGAAGUGAAGGAUCAUCCGGCAUUGGCCGGCUGCGAUCUAAGCGAGAUGAUACAGUUGCUGAUUCACUUUGAUGGUGCAGAGAUGUACAAGAACUCCGAAUACAACAUUUGGUCGUUUUCGAGUGCAUUGUCCUCAUUGCUGGAUGUGGAUUGCCUUGAAACGCAGUUCGUGUGCUGCAUCCUCCCGCAAAAAGCUAUGCAACAGAAGCAGGUCAAGAACUACGUGCACAAGGAAAUCGCGAGGCUGAUGAGCUGGUCUUUCAAAGUCCUUCAAAGCGGAAAGUUUCCAUCGACUGGCUUCUAUGGUGAAGAGUUUCCUUCUACGUCGUGCCGUGCGAAAAGAAGUGGCACGGCGCUGGCUGGUGAAUGGAAGGCGUGCUUCUAUGGAUUUCGUGGAGAUCAGAAAGCCCGGCGGGAGUGUCACUAUUUCUCUCGCCACUACAACUGUAUCCAGCUGUGCGACCGAUGUUGUGCGAAGACGCCGACAGAGAAACACAUGGAUGAUAUGAACUUCAAGAACUUUUCGGCGAAUGCUCCCUUUCUUUUGACGGCUAUUGAUCACAACAUGUACCUCAACACAACUCCUUCAGCCGAACUUUCACCCUGGACGGCAAUGCCAGGAUGGAAGAUUGAAAAUACUUUCUUUGACUGGAUGCACAUUGUGUUGCUGGGGAUUGCAAGAGAUGUGGUUGCUGCCGCUAUCAAGCUGAUGGCAAUGCGGGGUGUGAUUUCCAUGACGAAUUUGCGCCUAGAGCUCAAGAGCCUUACAGCCUGGAUCAAGAAGGAGCGCAAGAGCGAUGAGGAGCUGCUGCAGAUGGCAGUUGUGGUACGAGCCCUCAAUAAGGCCCAACGAUUGUUGGACCACUCCGACUUAUUGAUGACCGAGCAGGAUUCUACAAGGUUCAACGAGCUGGUUCAAUUGCAUCUGCGGACGUGGCAGCGGCUGGCUUUGAAGUUUGAGGCCUUGGGCAUCGCUUUGUGCAAAAUCCGUCCCAAACACCAUUAUCUUCAACACAUUGGUCUGUAUGUGGCAUCGACGCGAGUGAACGUGCGUAUACAUCAAAACUUCAAUUCAGAAUCGUACAUGGGGAAGAUGAAAAAGAUCGCUGUUAAGUGCCAUUCGAUUUCGAUGAUGCUGCGUGUACAACAGCGCUAUGUGCUGUACCUGGCUUUGUCAUGGGAGCGAGCAAAAAGAGCAUCUACUGGAGCCGGUGCUGCACUGACUGGAAAGGAGACUCUGGAAGAGCUGUUGCUGUGCGACGACAGACCUUUAAGCAGCUCUAGCGCUGAAUAUGCAAAGAGACGAUGCAUCAUGGGCAUUAAAUGA